AUAUUAAUUAAAGAUGCGCUACGAAAUGUGUGUGGACUUUGUAAUACCUCCCAUUACCAUUUAUUAUGUCGACAGGUACUUCCUGGUCUUUACAUAGGUAAUUAUCAGGACAGCAAGGAUGCCGAUCAAUUGGAGCGUUUCGAGAUCACGCAUAUUCUGGCUAUUCACGACACGGCCCGUCGUCUACAUUCCGAUAAGCAUUACCUGUGCAUCUUGGCAGCCGACAGUCCUGAUCAGAAUUUAUCGCAAUACUUCUCUUUGUGCAACGACUUCAUCCAUGCCGCCCGUCUUCGCGGCGGAAAUGUUCUGAUUCAUUGUCUGGCAGGAAUGUCAAGAAGCGUGACGGUGGCGGUGGCCUACAUUAUGAGCACUACCAAUUUGUCCUGGAAAGAAGCGCUCAAAGUCGUUAGAGUGGGUCGUUCUAUUGCGAAUCCGAAUGUCGGUUUUCAACAGCAGCUCAAGGACUUUGAAUCCAGUCGCUUACAAGAUGAGCGUCGCAGGUUAAAGGAGCGGUUUCCCAGUCUUGCUCUCGCCGAGUCAGACGCAGAGGCUUGCAGGUCCAUCUUGAGAAAUUACGAAACACUGGCUCUAGCAAAAGAGGUAUGCGAGGGCAAAUGCGCCAUGGGACGCACUUGUCCGACUGGCCUCUGUCGUCAAGCUACUAAAAGGACUGUGAGAAGAAAGUCCUCUACCAGCAGCCUCGGAAGCGUAUCGUCCGGCCGGACGCCCCCGCAGACACCACGAAUGCUACCAUCAGCGCCACCCUCGCCGGCCUUGCACAGAUCAACGAGCGUUGUGUCGACGUCAAGACCAAGAAGUGGUCCGGCAGGAUUGCAUUCUUACACCGGAGGUUCCGCUCCGCCUUCCAGGGCUGUAUCGCGGGUGGACCUCUCGGCGGCGGUUGCUUGCAGCAGCAGCAGCAACACCAAUCUUUCUGCCGUGGGUAGAUCGAGUGUAUUCUCCAGCAGUAAUUGGCGAUUGACCGCCUGUUCCGCACCGAACACGCCGCCGGUCUCGCCGCAACGUUGGCCGCGACGGCUCUCGAAUCGGCAGACGCCUCAGCUGCCGGCACCACCGGAAACGCAUCCCUCGACGAUGACGUAGCAUCGGGAGAAGCUCGGUUCGCUCUCGAGCUUGAUGGAAUAGAAAAUCGUCCGGCGGAUGAUCGGCGAACCGUUUUCGAAAAUCCCGGCUGGUUGUCGCGCUCUCUUUAUUCGACGAGAAAUAAAUUAUUAACUCAUUGCGCGUGCAGCCUCGAUUCGAAGACGUCCUCGAUUAAAAAAAGGGAGAAGCUUCCGGCAAAAAUGUAUAAUUUCUGUACUAAUAAGAUGCGUCUGCUAAUGUUUCGAAUUCGGGACACCAGCGGGCAAUCCAGUCUAGCGUUCGUUCGGAUGAAACUAGUUCAGAUGUAAAUGAUGAUUUACGUGAUCGGGCGUGAUCGGGUGAUGGCACGCGAUCGGCACGAUUCGAACUUGAUUCGUGCCAGUGACAGAAACGUUGACACAUCAAACGCGCAUAUCGCAUAAUGCUGGAAAUUGUUGAUGAAUUUUGACCUGUACAAAUUGUUAUACAAUUGUUACUUAUAUCUGGCGAGAGAAAGUGCUUUUGUCGAGGAUGGGAGGAGAAACGGGAGGAAAAUCUCUCCGUAGAUAUACAGUUUGCGCACACAUUCGUGCGUUUCAUAAGUAAUAAGUGAGUUGACUUUACGAUUUGAAAUUAACAUUCAUCUUGAUCGGAGAAAUUAUGAGAAAUGAGAAAUCUCUAUCGCUGACAAUCUGUCAUUUAGACGUAUUACGGAGCCCGAGCAUUGAGUUUAUGCAGCUCGCGUAACGAUCGAUCUGUGAGAUGAAGAAAUAAAUUGGAAAGAUUGACGCAUUCGAGAGGGGGGAUUAAUCCUUUGGGGCUUUAUCGGUUACGGCGAUAAUUGCUUGUAAUUAAGUGCGACAGCUUACUCUCGCGCUUUUACGGCGCCGUUCAAUCGCGCUAAUAACGGCGCUUGUUAACGAUCCCUGCGUGUGCGUGCUGCAACAACCCCUCCCACGAAGAUAACGCGCGAAUCCGUUACCGACUAAUUAAUCGGUUAUGAAAAAGAGUAUACUACCCGCGGGUUAAUUACGCAUUACGCGAUAUAGAAUCAGCCGAAGGAUUAAUGAGAACGAAAAAAAAUUAAUCUACAUAUGUACAUAAUCGACCGCGCGAUCGUAGCUUGUGGUAGUUUUGAGACAAUUGAUUACCCAGAGUAGAGAGAAUAUUUUUCGAUAUUUAGAAUUUACGGCACCGGCGUGAGAGAAAGUGAGAGAAUAUACAAGACGUAGACAAGCUCUUGUACAAAAGGAGCGAGAUUGUAUCAGAUAUCGACAAGGUAUCCCGGAUUCGGGAAUCUUUCUGCAAAGAAGAAAGUCGGUUCUGUUUACGAUUACUCUCGCAGGCAACGUGACGGGCCUUCGUUCCAGCAAAACCUGUUCCAAUUGAUUGCGUUCGCUACCGUCCAUAUGAUUGUUGGCUUUCUAGCGACAUCGCAAUAUUUUACCGCAUGUUGUUGAAAAAGCAGAGAGAGAGAGAGAGAGAGAGAGAGAGAGAGAUACAUAUAUUAUCUAUACGUACCUACACGCAACAUACACAUAUACAUAUGUUGACGACACAUACAUAUGUAAUACGUUGUUGUUCGAAAAGGGCUUUCAGAGAAUUUUAUAAAUGCGCGAUCGAUGAUCGCGAUUAUAUUAUUAUACACGAGUAGAGUGAUAGGCAUUAGAUAAAGGAAACCUUGUUGUUGCUGUUGUUGUUGUUUCGCCAGCACGAGCACCAGUCGCAAACGAGUCGAGAUUUAUGAUAGCGUCGCUUCAAUCGUCCUUCAGUAUUACUAUAAUAUUAUAGAAUACACGAUAACGUAAUGUAAAUCGUUUUUUAAUCGUUUUCACGUAUGUACAAGCUGCUCGUGUAAACAACGAUGUGUAAAGCGUCGUCGCAAUGUCCGAUCGCAAGAACCGAUCGUAUUAAAUAUGCAUUUCGUAUCACAAAUUCGCGAUAUUUUCUAAGAAAACUGACAUAUUAUGAGCAGAAUUGUAGGAUGGAAAAAAGUGUUAAGAGAUAUAUCUCUUUCAAUUAAAGGUACAUA